AGGGUGAUCCAUCGCAGUAUAAAACCAGAGCCCGACCGCCGAGCACGCACUUGCAAGGAAAAACUCGGCUGUUUCACUAGUGACUAGACAUCUCCAGCGAAUAUGAGGGAAAUCGUGCAUCUCCAGGCCGGCCAGUGCGGUAACCAGAUCGGGGCCAAAUUCUGGGAGGUGAUCAGUGACGAGCAUGGCAUCGACCCGACCGGAACCUACCACGGGGACAGCGACCUGCAGCUGGACAGGAUCAAUGUUUACUACAACGAAGCUUCAGGUGGUAAAUACGUCCCCCGUGCGGUGCUGGUGGAUCUGGAGCCCGGCACCAUGGACUCCGUGAGAUCUGGACCUUUUGGCCAAGUCUUCAGGCCUGACAACUUUGUUUUUGGCCAAAGUGGUGCUGGCAACAACUGGGCCAAGGGUCACUACACGGAGGGAGCGGAGCUGGUGGACUCGGUGCUGGACGUGGUGAGGAAGGAGGCGGAGAGCUGCGACUGCCUGCAGGGCUUCCAGCUCACACACUCCCUGGGCGGCGGCACCGGCUCGGGCAUGGGCACCCUGCUCAUCAGCAAGAUCCGGGAGGAAUACCCUGACCGCAUCAUGAACACCUUCAGCGUGGUGCCGUCCCCUAAAGUGUCUGACACUGUAGUUGAGCCCUACAACGCUACGCUAUCGGUCCAUCAGCUGGUAGAAAACACAGAUGAGACCUAUUGCAUUGAUAACGAGGCGCUCUAUGAUAUCUGUUUCCGUACUCUGAAACUCACCACCCCCUCGUACGGUGACCUCAACCAUCUAGUCUCUGCCACCAUGAGUGGCGUCACCACCUGCCUCCGGUUCCCGGGGCAGCUCAACGCUGACCUGCGUAAGCUGGCCGUGAACAUGGUGCCAUUCCCUCGUCUGCACUUCUUCAUGCCGGGCUUUGCUCCCCUCACGAGUCGGGGCAGCCAGCAGUACAGGUCGCUGACCGUACCAGAGCUCACCCAGCAGAUGUUUGAUGCCAAAAACAUGAUGGCCGCCUGUGACCCGCGUCACGGCCGCUACCUGACGGUGGCCGCCAUCUUCCGCGGCCGCAUGUCUAUGAAGGAGGUAGACGAGCAGAUGCUUAACGUGCAGAACAAGAACAGCAGUUACUUUGUUGAAUGGAUCCCCAACAAUGUCAAGACCGCUGUCUGUGACAUUCCCCCCCGAGGCCUUAAGAUGGCCGCCACCUUCAUUGGCAACAGCACGGCCAUUCAGGAGCUGUUCAAGCGCAUCUCUGAGCAGUUCACUGCCAUGUUCAGGCGCAAGGCUUUCCUCCACUGGUACACCGGGGAGGGCAUGGAUGAGAUGGAGUUCACUGAGGCCGAGAGCAACAUGAACGACCUGGUGUCAGAGUACCAGCAGUACCAGGACGCCACGGCUGAAGAAGAGGGAGAGUUUGAGGAGGAGGGUGAGGAGGAUCUGGCCUAAACUUUCUGUUCUGACAAUGUUUAAGAAAAUGUGCAACCUCAUGUGUGUUCUCCAGUUUUCAAUGUUCUGAGGGGAUUGGGCCCAAACUUGCUGUUGACAUAAUCGUUCUACCUUUUCAAUGUUGACACCUGUCUGUUUCAAUGUUGAGUUGAGGAUGAUCUGGCCUGAUCGAUGAAGCAAAGGCCGUUGUUGUAACGUCUUCCUCACUCAAACACUUGUAUGUUGAGUUUUCUGUGUUCUCAAUAAAAGUUCUACUGCUCA